AUGUCAAGAGUAGUCUUUUGUAAUGCUUCGGGGAGGCAUACAGUCAAACCGUACAAAUAUGCAAGUAAUGUAGUAUCGACAACCAAGUACAAUGUGGCUAUAUUUUUACCUAAAUUGCUCUUCGAGCAGUUUAGGAGAGUGGCUAACUUAUACUUCCUAUUGGUUGCAAUGUUAUCAUUGACCCUUUUCACUCCAUUCUAUCCUUUGAGCUUGAUAGCUCCACUAGUUUUCGUGAUGGGAGUCAGCCUUGUGAAGGAGGGGGUGGAGGACUGGCGUCGUCUUCUUAAAGACCAAGAGAUCAACUCGAGGACAGUGAAGAUAGCUCCACUAGUUUUCGUGGUGAGAGUCAGCCUUGUGAAGGAUGGGGUGGAGGACUGGUGUCGUCUUCUGAAAGACCGAGAUGUCAACUCGAGGACAGUGAAGGUCCUUACUGGGAACGAGAUAUCUUUUGCCGACAAACAUUGGAAGGCCCUACGAGUGGGUGAUGUCAUUAAAGUCGACAAAAAAGAUUAUUUCCCUGUUGAUCUUAUGUCUUUGUGUUCAAACUACCAAGACGGGGUUUGCUACGUGGAGAAGAUAAAUCUUGAUAAGGAGACAAACCUCAAAGAUAAAACGUAG